AUGUAGGAGAUUAAUCUAUUUUUAUUUUAACAUCAAGGAUAAAGGUUAAAAAUUGAUAUCAAAGUUGAUUUACUUAAAUUACAUAACAAUUUGCCGACAUAUAUAGGAAUGAGAGAUUUUUAAUUAUUUCUUAGUAAUGAAGGGUGUAUGGAUAAAAAUAUAGUUCCUUUUGAUGGUUGUUUUUAAAAUAAUUAUGAUUGUAUUUAAGGUUGCGAAAAUUGUAUUAAAGGAAUUUGUUAUGGUUGUUUUAUUGGAUGGUAAUUUUUAGAAUAAAUAAAAUCUUGUAUUCCUUAAUGUGGAGAUGCUAUCAUCACUUAUGAUGAGGAAUGUGAUGACGGUAAUUUAUUAGCUUAUGAUGGAUGUUACUAAUGCAAAUACUCCUGCUCUUAAAAUUGUAGAGUAUGCGAAUUUGGAAAAUGUUUGGAGUGUGGAAAUUCAUAUCUACUUUUAGAUGGUUAAUGCUAAUAUAUUUCUGAUUAUUUAGAUAACACUUAUAUGGAAGAAUAAGUAGAGUGUUUCAAUUUCUUUAUGAGUUAGGAAUAAUAUUAGUAAUAUAGAACACAAUGUGAAUACUAAAGUAUAUAUUAAACUAAUGAUGAUUUGAAUCUUAUAAAUUUUAGAGUAUUUGGAUAUCAACAUAAUAAUUAAUCAAUAUUUUUGUAAAUUAAUAAUUGUAAAGUGGAAUAAUUUGGAAAAUGUUUGGAAUGCCAAAAUGAAUAUGAAUUAGAUUUUCAUAAAAAACAAUGUAUUCCUAAAUGUUAGGAUGGAAUUAAAUUAUCACAAGAACUAUGUGAUGAUGAGAAUAGAAUCCAAUUUGAUGGUUGUUAUAAAUGUUAAUAAAGUUGUUAAAUAGAAUGUUUAUUUUGUUCUGAAAAUAAAUGCUAUAUAUGCAAAGAAGGAUGGUAACUUCAAGAGUAUUUGUGUAUAUAAAUUUGUGGAGAUGGAUUAUUGGCUAUUUUAUCUAUCGAAUAAUGUGAUGAUCCUGAAGAUCUUAAUUGUGUUAAUUGUAAAUAUUAAUGUGAUCAUGAUUGCUUGGUUUGUGAUAAGUUCUAAAAUUGUGAAUAGUGUAUAUAUCCUUAUGAGAUUAAAGAAGGGAAAUGUUUACCGAUUUGUGGAGACAAUAUAAUUUCUCUUCCUUUUGAAUAAUGCGAUGAUGGUAAUGAUAUCCCUUAUGAUGGAUGUUUUGAAUGUCAAUACUAAUGCUCUUAUGGAUGUAUUUAAUGUGAGAAGGACAAUAAAUGUGUACAAUGUGAAGACUAAUAUUAUUAUUUAAAUAAUUAAAAUUUUAAGUGCGAAUAACUUAAGUAAAUUAUUGAUUCAGAACUAAAACAGGAAUUAAAUGAUAAUGAUUAAUUAAUUGUAUAAUGCAAUCAGAAUUAAGCAUUUUUCAAUAAUUAAUGUAUUAAUUUAUGUGGCAAUGGAAUACUUAAUAGCCAUUUUGAAUAAUGUGAUGAUGGAAAUAAUGAUGGAGGAGAUGGAUGUUCAGCUUCAUGUUUUUAAGAAGAUUCUUUUAAAUGUCUUAAUCAAGAAAACUCUAUAAGUAUUUGCACAUUUAUUCAAGCACCAAAUUUCAAUUUAAUUUUACUUUCUGAAAAAAGUAAUAAAACAAAAAUAAUUGACAUAAGUUUUUCAUAAGAAGUAUAUAUAUCAUGCGAAAAUCUUUUUGACCAUGCAUUAGAUAUUAUGAUCAUUCCAUAAACUUAAUAUGAACUAACUAUUAUUCCAUUAAUAAACAUUACUUCUUAGUUAAGUAAUCCUAUUUAUCAAAUUAAUAUUGAACUUUUAGAGCCUGUUGUAGAUCCAAUUUUAGAAAUUUCAAUAUAGAAAUUUUGUAUUUUUAAUUAGUUUGAUUUGGAUUUAAGUACUAAUUCGAAACAACUACCUCUAGGAACUCCGAUCAUAUUAUCAACAGCUACAUAGAAAAGAGUAAUCUCAGUUAUCAAAAUGAAUGAUGCUAUGGUUUAUUCAUCAACUAGCAUUUCUGUAAUUCUAUUAUUAACUGGUAAUUACAUUGUUUUUUUCAAUUUAUUAGACUUACUAUAAUCAUUAUCUUACAUUAGAUAUAUGCAAUAUAAAUUUCCUCCUCAUUUAACUUAAUUUCUUGAAACUUAUACAAAAAUUUCUUUAUAACCAAUUUUAGAUAGUUUAAAGGUUGAUGAAAUUAUAGCUUAAAUUAAUGGAGGUACUCUUCCAUAUUUUAGAAAGAAAUCUCAACAAUCAAAACAAAUUGAUGUUUUGAAUUAAUUUUAUUUAAUGAAUGCUAAGGGAUGUUACUUUUCUUACUUUUUAUCAUUGCUAACAUAUUUUAUGUGUUGUCUAAUAUCUUCAAUAAAGGUUUCAUAAUGGAUGGGAAAAAACUUUGAAAAAAAUAAAGAUAGUAUGAAAGUUCUUCGCAUAAUUUCAAUCUUUUAAAAAAGAAUUCAAUCAAAAUGUUCUAAAGUUAAAAACUAUUAUUUCUCUUAAGGAAUCUAUUAAUUAUUUUAUUCAACACUUCAUUAGUUAGUAUUUAGUACUUUGUUAUAAUUUCCUGAAUAUACAUUCAAUUCUAUUUUUGAGAUAAUUAAUAGCAUAGUUGCAUUAACAAGUUUAUUAUUCCUCAUUUAAAUAUUUUUUAGGUUACUAUCUAUCACAACUUCAUAAAUUAAAGAUAAAUAAAAAUGGAAGUAUUUUUUUUAAGAUUCAAAAAUUGAAUUUUGGGCAAGUAAUUUCAAACCUUUUUAAAUAUAUAGAACAGUUUUUUAUAUCACAAUUAUUGUAGAAUUCAUAAGAUAUCCUGAAGCAUAAUCAAUAUUACUUUCUAUGCAGUCAUUAUUUUAUUUAAUAUAUUUGAUCUUCUUUAGACCUAUUAAAUCAAAUUUUGAUUUAAUAAAAUUGUUGUUUAGAGAAGUCAUAUUUUUGUUAAUUACAGGAUCAUUCUUAGUCUACAGUUUAGAAUUAAAUGAGGAUUAAUAUUUAUUAUAUGGAUGGUUACAUAUAGCUCUGUUUUGUUUCAUAAUGGGCUUUACUUUAAUAGUUGACAUUGUAUAUUAAGGUAAAUAGGCAUAUUAUACCCAUUUAAAAAAUAUAUAGAAGAAAGAAAUAAAGCAAAUUCAGUUAUAUUAUGAUAAUCCAUUAUAAAAAUUUGUUUGGAAUGACAAUUUAAAUUUGAAAAAAAAAAUAUGA